AUGGAAAUGGGUCAGAAGAAGUGUGGGACUCAUUUGGACUCCCCACAGCAACCAUCGCUGAGGCUGCUUUUUGUUCUAAGGGAGAAAUCUGAUGAUUCUGCCAAAGUCUCCUCCAGUAUCAGAAGGAAGCGAGGUAUCGCAGGAGAGCAGAGGGCUGGAAGCCAAGCUAAAUUUACCUUUUGGUUCAUGGAUGCUGACCUGGAUCUGAUGCUGGAGGCCAUGAGGGAGGUGCUCUUCCUGCAACACAUCAAAAAAAAGCCUCUCAGUAACAUCAAAAUGUCAUUUGCAGUUGGAAUUGAGAUAGAUGCUGAUGAAGUGACUGAGACAGAAGAUGAUGAUGAUGAUGACAAAGAAGAAGACAUGCAACAACCAGUGAAGAAUAGAAAGCAACAAAAUACUAGAAAACCAUCUAAAGUAUCUGAGGAUGAAGAGGAUAGUUCGGAAGAAGAUGCUAAACUCAAACAAAGAAAUAAUAGAAGGAGACCUCGGGUUCAGGAUGGGAUAAGAAAGAGCAACAAAAAUAAUGAAGAUGAUGAAAGUGAAGAAGAAAACAAAGAAACAGCUAAAAAUUCAAGGACAAGAAAGAAAAAGAAUCGUGAAGUAGAGGAAAGUGAUGAUGACAGUGAACUAGAAGGACAAAAUAAGAAAAGGAUAAAGAACACAGUGCGUGACAAUAAUAAUAGAAGUAAUAGAAACAAUAAAAACAAAAAACAGAAGGAUGAAGAUAAUAAAAAGGAGAAACAAGCAAACAACAAGAAGGGUGGUAAAGGCAAUGGGAAGGACAAGCAGAAGAAAGGAAAAUCCUCCAGCUCAUCAUCAAAUUCAUCAGACAGCGAAGAUUCUUUGUCAGAGGGUGAACUUGCCAAGGUUUUGGAAGAAGUCGAAGAAAAGAAGAAGCUAAUAGUCAUUCUAAGGACCAAAGCCUGGUGUAUGAAAAGGAAACUUACAAAGUUAAAGGAAUCUCAGGAAUUUAUAGAGAAAUUUGAAGGUGCUCUGGGGAAGGGAAAAGGUAGAAAGUUUUACGCCUACAAAGUGAUGAUGACAAAGAAAUGGAUCAAAUUUAAAAGGGACUUUGAAAAUUUUAAGACUUCAUGCAUACCUUGGGAGAUGAAAAUAAAAGAAAUUGAGAGUCACUUUGGUUCUUCCGUAGCUUCGUAUUUCAUUUUCCUACGGUGGCUCUAUGGGAUUAAUCUGGUUCUUUUUAGUUUAACUUUUGGCUUGGUUGUCAUUCCAGAGGUGUUGAUGGGCCUUCCAUAUGGCAGCAUACCUCGGAAGACUGUGCCAAGGAAAGAACAGCCAACUGCUAUGGAUUUUUCAAUACUUUGGGAGUUUGGGGGAUACAUAAAGUACUCAGCUCUUUUCUAUGGAUAUUACAAUAAUGAACGAAUGAUUGGUGUUUUCAAGUAUAGGUUACCAUUGUCUUAUUUCAUGGUUGGUGUGGGCUCCUUUGGAUAUAGUCUCAUGGUUGUAAUUAGAACAAUGGCAAGAAAUGCAAGAGAAAGUGGAGUUGAUGGAGAUGAUGGAGAUUUCAACUUUAGCUGGAAAACGUUUACCAGUUGGGAUUACCUUAUUGGAAAUCCUGAAACAGCCGAUAACAAAUUUGCAUCUAUUACAACUAGCUUUAAGGAAUCCAUUGUGGAUGAGGAGGAAAACCAAAAAGAUGAAAAUAUUCACCUAAGGAGAUUUCUUAUUGUUUUAGCUAAUUUUCUUAUAUUUUGUUGUCUUGCUGGAAGUGGCUACCUCAUUUUUUAUGUUGUGAAAAAGUCCCAGACAUAUGCAUCAUUGGAAAAUCUAACAUGGUAUCAGAAAAAUGAGAUUGAUAUAGUCAUGGCACUGUUGGGAAUGUUUGUUCCUCCACUGUUUGAAACCAUUGCUGCUCUGGAAAAUUAUCAUCCCCGUAUUGCAUUGAAGUGGCAGCUGUGGCGAAUGUUUGCUCUUUUCCUUGGUAAUCUGUAUACAUUCCUCUUGGCUCUUAUCGAUCAAGUCAAUGUACAGUUGGCAGAGGAAGAAAGUAUUAAGAAUAAGACUUUAGCCAUGGCUAAUUCCUUCAAUUCAACUAAUUCAACCUCUGAAAGAAUUCCAGCAAUAGAUCCUGCAGAUUUUCCCAGAGGGCCUUGUUGGGAGACAGGUGUUGGAUUGGAAUUUACAAAGCUUACUAUUUCUGACAUUCUCGUAACUUACGGUAGUAUAUUGGUUGGAGAUUUUCUACGUGCUGUGUUUGUCAGAUUUAUUAACUACUGCUGGUGCUGGGAUCUAGAGUACGGAUUUCCUUCAUACACUGAGUUUGACAUCAGUGGAAAUGUUCUAGGACUUAUCUUCAAUCAAGGAAUGAUAUGGAUGGGCACUUUCUAUUCUCCUGGCUUAAUUGGCAUCAAUAUUCUCCGGCUGUUGACAUCCAUGUACUUUCAAUGCUGGGCUGUGAUGUGUUGCAAUGUCCCUCAGUCAAGAGUUUUCAAGGCUUCAGGAUCUAAUAAUUUUUAUAUGUCACUGUUACUGUUGAUAUUGUUCCUAAGUUUAUUGCCAGUAGUCUACACUAUAAUGACAUUUACUCCUUCGUUUGAUUGUGGGCCAUUCAGUGGAAAAACUAAAAUGUUUGAAGUUAUUAUGGAAACAAUCCAAUAUGAUUUCCCGGCAUUUAUUGGAAAGCUCCUCAGUUAUGCAUCAAAUCCAGGGCUGAUUCUUCCUGGAAUCUUACUCAUGGUUUUAGCCAUAUACUACCUCAAUGCCACUUCGAAAACAUAUCAACUUGCUAAUUUGGAGCUGAAAAAGAAGAUGCAGAUGCAACGUGAUGAACAAAAGAACAGAAGGAACAACAAAAAUAUUGCUAAUCCUAUGUUACAAGAUUUGGAAGAUCUUUUGCCAAAUAAUGUGAAUGCGAGCAAACCUGAAUUAGGCGACCUAAAAGUGCUUGACUGA